AUGAACACGGAUGUUUGUCAAGAUAAUGUACCAAGAUUUGAAAAACUAGCGAAACCAAGAAAAAGAAUCGAUAAAACCAAUAACUACAAUGCCUUCAAUGUAAAACGUGGAGCAUUAUCUUAUCAAAUUACGGAUUCGUUAAACAAAUUAGCCCAACCUAAACGAAAACCAGGCACAAACGUGUCUAAUAUAUCCAACUUUAGCGUUAAAAGUUCUCCCAUAAAUACAGUGAAACAAGGACAUCAUAAAUUGAUAAAUAGCAGCGAACAAUCGAAGGACGCGCAAGAAUCGAGGAAGAAGAGAUUUUUACUGGAUACUUAUGCUCGUAUCACUGCGGCUAGGAAUAAAGGAUGUUCAAAACGAUUGCAUGAACUCGCGAAACCGAAAAGUUACAUGAUUCGUACCGAGCCAUACGACGAUUUCGAGAAUUACUUGCAAAUGAUGAAAAAAUGCAACGCUUCAGGAAAAAAGAUAACUCAUAAUCCAUAAACGAUGUAAUAUAAAAUAAAGAACGUCUAUAAAAUGUCUCGAUAAUUACUAAUUUCUAUUUAACGCGGACAUUUGCGUCGGCGAAAAACAAACGAAGGCUUGAUCUCUUUUAAAACUUGGCAGUCUCGGUUCACGUAACACGGACACAAUAAAGUCGCAUAAAAUGAAAUAGCUAUAUCGAAAAUGAGAAAUUUAACGCAAAAUCGUAACGCACAACGAAAAGUAUCACCGUUAACAAUCUUAAUAUUCUCUUCUUCGUUGGUAAAUUGAAGUAACAUUUAACCUGUAUAAUGAGCUAAAUUCGCGAAGGUGUCGUUGAUAAAGAAGUUUAUUUUCUAUUCUUCUCUCGAAUCUAAGCCCAUGUUAUGAAGCGUUCAUGUAGUGAUUAGAAACUAGUUCCGAAAACUUGUAAAAAA